ACAGUAAGCCGAUAGCAUCCAAUGACAAAAGGUCCACACAACAUGAUCCACUAGGCCACAACCAAACAUAGUGUUAUCUCCAUCUCAAGCCUCCCAUUCUGCGGUACUGGUUCAGCCAUGGCCCACUCUGGCAUCCUUCCCCACGCCCAUACUCCACUUCUGGACGAUACCCUCGACAGCGCCGUCGACUACAAGGGCCGUCCGGCCAGGAGAUGCAGCUCUGGCCGUUGGAGAUCCGCAUGCUUCAUCAUAGGUGUUGAAGUCGCUGAGAGAUUUGCAUACUAUGGCAUCGAGUCGAAUCUUAUAAACUACCUCACGGGUCGGCUGGGUCAGUCCAUGGCCACAGCAGCUCAGAAUGUGAAUACGUGGUCCGGGACUGCGAGUAUGCUGCCUUUGCUGGGGGCGUUUGUUGCAGAUUCUUAUGUGGGUCGAUAUCCCACCAUUGUCAUCGCUUCCCUUCUCUACAUCCUGGGACUAGGCUUGUUAACGGUAUCUGCUGUGCUUCCUUCUUUCAAUCCUUCUCACUGCCAAACUGACAAAGAAAUAUCAUCCUGUUCCCCUCCGAUGUUACAAGUAAUCCUCUUCUUUUUUGCUCUGUAUCUGGUAGCUGUUGGGCAAGGUGGGCACAAGCCCUGUGUCCAAGCUUUUGGAGCUGAUCAAUUUGAUGGAAAAAAUCCAGAGGAGAGCAAAGCCAAAAGCUCAUUCUUCAACUGGUGGUACUUUUGUAUGAGCGGUGGUAUUUUAAUAAACUCCUCCAUCUUGAACUACAUCCAAGACAAUCUCAAUUGGGGUCUUGGAUUCGGAAUCCCCUGCACUACAAUGGUGGCUGCACUGUUUGUUUUCUUGCUCGGUACCAAGACUUAUCGUUAUAGUGUUAAAGGGGAUGAGAAGAACCCAUUUCUGAAAAUCGGUUGGGUCUUUGUUGCAGCAAUCAAGAAUUGGCAUACAACAGAUUCUUCUUUAACUGAUGAAGAGGUAGCUCAUGGAACCUGGCCUCAUCAAUGUUCUCACAAGUUCAAGUUUCUCAACAAGGCCUUGCUUGCACCAGAUGGUUCAAAGGAAGAUGGAAAAGUGUGUAGUGUGAGUGAUGUUGAAGAAGCAAAAUCAGUUCUGAGGCUGUUUCCCAUCUGGGCUUCCUGCUUAGCAUUUGCUAUUGUGUUUGCUCAGCCACCAACUUUCUUUACCAAGCAAGGAGUUACCAUGGAUAGAUCAAUUGGUUCGGGCUUUAAGGUACCGGCUGCCUCACUUCAAUGCUUCAUCAGCCUCUCCAUCCUUCUCUUCGUCCCCAUAUAUGACCGCAUUUUGGUUCCUACCGCAAGAGUUCUAACCAGGAAACCCUCAGGCAUAACAAUGCUUCAGAGGAUCGGAACUGGGAUGCUUCUGUCUGUCAUUGCCAUGGUAUUUGCAGCACUAGUUGAGGUCCAACGGCUCAAAACCGCCGAACAAUAUGGGCUGGUCGAUAUACCAUAUGCAACCGUUCCAAUGGCGGUGUGGUGGUUGAUUCCCCAAUAUGUGAUAUUUGGAGUUGCUCAAGUAUUCACCAUGGUUGGUCUGCAAGAGUUCUUCUAUGAUGAGGUCCCAAAUGAACUAAGGAGUGUUGGUCUCUCCCUCUACCUCAGUAUCUUUGGUGUAGGGAGCUUUCUGAGCAGCUUUCUCAUCUCUGUUAUCAACAAAACUACUGGUGGGGAUGGCCAAACUAGCUGGUUCAAUGAUAAUCUUAACCAGGCUCAUCUUGAUUACUUCUAUUGGCUACUUGCUGGGCUGACCAUGCCUCAUUCUGGCAUCCUCCCCCACGCCCAUACUCCACUUCUGGACGACACCCUCAACAGCGCCGUCGACUACAAGGGCCGUCCGGCCAGGAGAUGCAGCUCUGGCCGUUGGAGAUCCGCAUGCUUCAUCAUAGGUGUUGAAGUUGCUGAGAGAUUUGCAUUUUAUGGCAUAGAGUCGAAUCUUAUAAACUACCUCACGGGUCGGCUGGGUCAGUCCAUGGCCACAGCUGCCCAGAAUGUGAAUACGUGGUUCGGGACUGCGAAUAUGCUGCCUUUGCUGGGGGCGUUUGCUGCAGAUUCUUAUGUGGGUCGAUAUCCCACCAUUGUCAUCGCUUCCCUUCUCUACAUCCUGGGACUAGGCUUGUUAACGGUAUCUGCUGUGCUUCCUUCUUUCAAUCCUUCUCACUGCCGAGCUGACAAAGAAAUAUCAUCCUGUUCCCCUCCGAUGUUACAAGUAAUCCUCUUCUUUUUUGCUCUGUAUCUGGCAGCUGUUGGGCAAGGUGGGCACAAGCCCUGUGUCCAAGCUUUUGGAGCUGAUCAAUUUGAUGGGCAAAAUCCAGAGGAGAGCAAAGCCAAAAGCUCAUUCUUCAACUGGUGGUACUUUUGUAUGAAUGGUGGUAUUUUAAUAAGUUCCUCCAUCUUGAGCUACAUCCAAGACAGUCUCAAUUGGGGUCUUGGAUUCGGAAUCCCCUGCACUGCAAUGGUGGGUGCACUGUUUGUUUUCUUGCUCAGUACCAAGACUUAUCGUUAUAGUGUUAAAGGGAAUGAGAAGAGCCCAUUUGUGAGAAUCAGUCAGGUGUUUGUUGCAGCAAUCAAGAAUUGGCAUACAACAGAUUCUUCUUUAACUGAUGAAGAGGUAGCUUGUGGAACUCGGCCUCGUCAAUGUUCUCACAAGUUCAAGUUUCUCAACAAGGCCUUGCUUGCACCAGGUAGUUCAAAGGAAGAUGGAAAAGUGUGUAGUGUGAGUGAUGUCGAAGAAGCAAAAUCAGUUCUGAGGCUGUUUCCCAUCUGGGCUUCCUGCUUGGUAUUUGCUAUUUUGAUUGCUCAGCCACCAACUUUCUUUACCAAGCAAGGAGUUACCAUGGAUAGAUCAUUUGGUUCAGGCUUUAAGGUACCGGCUGCCUCACUUCAAUGCUUCAUCAGCUUCUCCAUCCUUCUCUUUGUCCCCAUAUAUGACCGCAUUUUGGUUCCUAUAGCAAGAGUUUUAACCAGAAAACCCUCUGGCAUAACAAUGCUUCAGAGGAUUGGAACUGGGAUGUUUUUGUCUAUCAUUGCCAUGGUAUUUGCAGCACUAGUUGAGGUCCAACGGCUCAAAACUGCCGAACAAUACGGGCUGGUUGAUAUGCCAAAUGCGACCAUUCCAAUGGCGGUGUGGUGGUUGAUUCCCCAAUAUGUGAUAUUUGGAGUUGCUCAAGUAUUCACCAUGGUUGGUCUUCAAGAGUUCUUCUAUGAUGAGGUCCCAAAUGAACUAAGGAGUGUUGGUCUCUCCCUCUACCUCAGUAUCUUUGGUGUAGGGAGCUUUCUGAGCAGCUUUCUCAUCUCUGUUAUCAAUAAAACUACUGGUGGGGAUGGCCAAACUAGCUGGUUCAAUGAUAAUCUUAACCAGGCUCAUCUUGAUUACUUCUAUUGGCUACUUGCUGGGCUGAGUACAGUAGGAUUUUCCACCUACUUGUAUUCUGCAAGAUCUUACAUUUAUAAUAGUACUAGUACAGCAUGAAUGCCCGUCAGCUUAA